AUGCGCUCUUUCGCUGUUGCCGCUGCCUUUGCAGCUCUGGCUGUAGCCAACCCUCUCCCUCAGGAGAUCGACUGGGCUGCCGUUGAUGCUCUCGCUCCUAUUCCUACUGUCACCAUCCCCAUUGUCGAUAUCAGCGCUCAAGCUAGUACUGUUGCCUAUGAGCCUUCUGCUGCUGCAACAUCUGUUGCUGCCGAGGUCAAGGCCUCAGGUGUUGACACCACCACCGGACUCAAGGCUCGUGCAGCUGUUACUUGCAAGCCUCAGCCUACCGGUGCUGGCAAAGUGCCUUCUCCUGAUACUCCCGACGCUUUCUUGGCCUUCUCCGAGUUCUCAGACACCGCACAGUCUGCCUCCACCCCCGCAGGCUACUACAACACUUUCACCGAUCUGAAGGCUAGCAACAAUGCUUAUGGUUACAUGGGCUAUACCGUCCUCUCCGAGUACUCUACCACCACCUGUGCAUCCAAGUGUGAUGCUAUUUCUGGUUGCGCAGCUUUCAACAUCUACUUUGAGCGUGACCCUACCCUCAACCCCAACGACGCUUCUUGCAACAACCCUGCCUCGACCACCAACAUCAAGUGCGUUUUCUGGGGAGGUCCCGUUACUACUGGUAACGCAAAGAACGCCGGCCAGUGGAGACGCGAUUUCCAUGUUGUCAUUGCAGGCUCCAACGGAUACGUCUCCAACAAGAUCGUCACCCCUCCUGGCUACACCGACCCCAUUCCUCUCGGCAACGCUGCCGUGAACGCUCCUUUCGAUUGCCAGGGCAAGGACACUUAUCUUGGUGUCCGUAUCUUCCAGACUGGACCCUUUGACAUCUCCAAGUGUGCUGCUGCUUGCACUGCUCAAGCCGACUACGCCAGAGCCCACCCCCCAGCCAACGGUGGUGAGGUCAAGACUUGCUCUUGGUUUAACACCUAUGUUCUUCUCAAGGACAACGUUGCUGUCGGACAGUACUGUGCACUGUACAAGAACUCCUGGGAGGUCCCCAAGUACGCCACCAACUACGGCCAGUACAGAGGCCAGUCCAAGUACACCAUUGAGAACUCCUUUGUCUCGGGCAACGGUACCAGCGUCACCCCUGCUUGCCAGCCUCAGAAGGCUUAA